AAGAUCCUCCUCCUCAUAAUGAGAAUAGUUCUGCUCCAAUCAGCCAACAUGAACCUCAUGGACAUCACUAAGAUCUUCUCCCUCCUGCAGCCCGACAAAGAGGAGGAGGACACCGACACAGGGGAGAAACAGGCUCUCAAUCAAGCAGUAUACAACAAUGACUCGUAUGCUUUGGACCAGCUUUUGUGCCAGGAACGUUACAAACGCUUUAUCAACAGCAGGAGUGGCUGGGGCGUUCCUGGGACACCCUUGCGCUUGGCUGCUUCUUAUGGCCACCUUAGUUGUUUGCAGGUCCUCUUGGCACAUGGUGCUGACGUCGAUAGCUUAGAUGUCAAAGCACAGACACCACUUUUUACUGCCGUCAGCCAUGGCCAUCUUGAUUGUGUGCGUGUGCUUUUGGAAGCUGGUGCAUGUCCUGGUGGUAGCAUCUACAACAAUUGCUCUCCUGUGCUCACAGCUGCACGUGAUGGUGCUGUUGCCAUUUUGCAGGAGCUCCUAGGUCAUGGUGCAGAUGCAAAUGUCAAGGCUAAACUACCCGUCUGGGCAUCAAACAUAGCUUCAUGUUCUGGCCCCCUUUAUUUGGCUGCAGUCUAUGGGCACCUUGAUUGUUUCCGCCUGCUUUUGAUCCAUGGGGCAGACCCCAACUACAACUGCACUGACCAACGCCUAUUAGCUCGUGUCCCACGUCCCCGCACCCUCCUUGAAAUCUGUCUCCACCAUCAUUGUGAUCCAGAGUACAUCCAGCUGUUAAUUGAUUUUGGUGCUAACAUCUACCUUCCAUCUCUUCCCCUGGACCUGAACUCACAAGAUGAUAAAGGCACCGCAUUGCUGCUACAAGCCCGAGCCACUCCACGGUCACUACUAUCACAGGCCCGUUUAGUUAUCCGCAGAGCCCUGCACCAGGCCAGCCAACCACAAGCCAUUGACCAGCUGGAUAUUCCCCCUGUGUUGAUUAGCUACCUCAAACACCAACUGUAAUCUUUCAGUUGAAACCCACAAUGCCUUCAAAAACUUCCUGGGGACCCAGGUAGCUUGGAGGGCACUAUAGCUCUACCCACUCAUUUGGAGCUGCUCUCCUGUAUUAUCCUCCACAAUAAAAUCAUCAGCAAAAUAA